AUGCGCGACCCAUUUCCUAUCUCGUCGCCGCAGUGGCUCUCGGAAGCGGUGAAGCCAUGGGCGGACAAGAUGUCGCUACCCACGCUGCCGCUGCACAUUCACGAGAUCAUCAUCGCCCUUAUCUUCUACCAGACCAUCAACGUCGUUGUCGCGCCCGCCUUGUCUCGUCACUUCUUCCCUCAAGCAUACAACUCGUUCAACCGGCGCACACGCAUCAACUGGGAUGUACACGUUGUAUCUAUGGUCCAGAGCUUGCUGGUCAACACGACUGCUCUGUGGAUCAUGUAUUACGACACUGAGCGCAACAGCAUGAACUGGGCCGGCAAGAUCUGGGGCUACGAUGGUGCUCUAGGCUUCCUGCAGAGUCUGGCAGGAGGCUACUUCAUCUGGGACCUGUUCACCUGUACAUACCACAUUGACAUCUUCGGUGUCGGUAUGCUGAUGCACGCCAUCUCGGCCUGCACCGUCUUCUCCCUCGGUUUCCGUCCCUUCCUCAACUACUACGGCCCCGUCUUCAUCCUCUACGAGCUCUCAUCUCCCGCCCUCAACAUGCACUGGUUCAUGGACAAGCUCAACAUGACAGGCAGCAUUUACCAGCUCAUCAACGGCAUCAUCCUCAUCUCGACCUUCUUCUUCUGCCGCCUUGUUUGGGGCUCAGUCAACUCUGUCCUCGUCUUCAAGGACAUCUGGAUCGCUAUGCAGAACGGUGGUGUUGUCGGACUUGAUCAAAACCUGGGCCUCAAGUAUGGUCUCGACCAACCCACAGCAGCUGUCAUCCCCCAAGACCAGCCAUUCUUUGGAUCUGAAGACAUCAUGCGCUACGCAGGCGCUCGUACGCUUCCUGCUUGGCUCGCUCUCAGCUAUCUUGCCUCCAACAUCGUGCUUAACGUGCUCAACUGGUACUGGUUCGCCAAGAUGAUCGAGGCUCUCCGCAAGCGUUUCGAUCCUCCCUUUGGCACAAAGCGCCCGGAAAAGAAAGAGAAGGCUGUUGCUGUUGAAGAGAAGACCACAGAGCCAGAGAUUGAGAUCCAACGUGGUCUGUACGAUGAUGGCAGAAAGACUAUUGAGAUCACUGGCACUCAGGGUACUCCUCCAGCCGUCAGGUCCAGACGUAGAGGUUAG